AUGGCUUUCCUUGGGAACUUCUUGCUGCUGAUGCUGCCAGUUGUGGCUUUGGGGGCCACUUUCCCUGAUGAGACCAUGGCCGAGGUGUCAGUGAAGAUGUAUAAUCACCUUCGAGCCAACGUGGAAGAUGAAAAUAUUCUCUUUUCCCCACUAAGCAUCUCUCUUGCUAUGGGAAUGAUGCAACUUGGAGCCCAAGGAUCUACCCUGAAAGAAAUUCGUCAUUCAAUGGGAUACGCUAACCUCAAAAACGGUGAAGAAUUUUCCUUCUUAAAAGAUUUCUCUACCAUGGUAACUGCUGAAGAGAGCCAGUAUGUGAUGAAAAUUGCCAAUUCCCUCUUCGUGCAAAACGGAUUUCACAUUAAGGAUGAGUUUUUGCAAAUGAUGAAAAAAUACUUCAAUGCAGAAGUAAACCACGUGGACUUUAGUCAAAAUAUAGCUGUUGCCAACUACAUCAAUAAGUGGGUGGAGAAUAACACCAACAAUCUGUUGAAAGAUUUGGUAUCUCCCAGGGAUUUCGAUGCUGUCACUCAUCUGGCCCUUAUCAAUGCUGUCUACUUCAAGGGCAACUGGAAGUCACAGUUUAGACCAGAAAAUACUAGAACCUUUUCCUUCACAAAAGAUGAUGAAAGUGAAGUCCAGAUUCCAAUGAUGUAUCAGCAAGGGGAAUUUUAUUACGGGGAAUUUAGUGAUGGUUCCAAUGAAGCUGGGGGCAUCUACCAGGUCCUAGAAAUCCCAUAUGAAGGAGACGAGGUAAGCAUGAUGUUGGUGCUGUCCAGACAGGAAGUCCCACUAGCCACGUUGGAACCACUGGUGAAAGCCCACCUGAUUGAAGAAUGGGCAAACUCCGUGAAGAAGCAAAAAGUGGAAGUGUACCUGCCGAGAUUCACAGUGGAACAGGAAAUUGAUUUAAAAGAUCUUUUGAAGGGUCUCGGAAUAACUGAAGUUUUCAUAAAAAAUGCAAAUUUGACAGACCUGUCUGAUAACAAAGAGAUUUUUCUUUCCAAAGCAAUUCACAAGUCAUUCAUAGAGGUUAAUGAGGAAGGGUCAGAAGCAGCUGCUGCCUCAGGAAUGAUUGCAAUUAGUAGAAUGGCAGUGCUGUAUCCACAAGUUAUUGUCGACCAUCCAUUUUUCUUUCUUAUCAGGAACAGGAGGACAGGUACGAUCCUUUUCAUGGGGCGUGUCAUGCAUCCUGAAACAAUGAACACAAGCGGACAUGAUUUUGAGGAACUUUAAACCGUUUUCAUGUAAAUAACAAGAAAAUCGGUGACUAAUCUAAGCACAUUGUGUUUGCAACUCAUAUAUAUUUAAAGUUUGUGUUUUACAGUGUAUCUUAAAAUAAUAUUUAAAAUAGCUCUGGAUAAAAAAAAUAAUAGUGUAUGUAAAUUAUAAAUCAACCUUGCCAAGGAAUGUUAAUCAGUAUUAUUAAAGUAAUGGUUCUGUCAUUGUGUUUACUGUGUUGGUGUUUAAAAUAAAAAGUACAUAUUGGACAUGUGAA